AUGGAGCCUCUCCUCGCCCUACUCUUCCUUCACACAGCAACCACCUCCGCCUGGACCUUCACCUGGCGAAACGCCUCCUCAUCCAGCUUCCUCAAGAACAGCCACGACCCGAUCCCAUGCACGAACAUCGACCAAGCAAAGGGUCAGCAGUUCGACUUCCACCCCGAAAAUGACAAUUUCAACUUCUAUAUCUGGGCCACGGAGAACUGCACCGGCGACUACGCCGGGUACACGACACCCGACGUGUGGCGAAAGAAGGCGAGCAAGGAUAUGCAUUCGUAUCUAGUUGAUUAUGGCGACGAGUCGGGGCCCAAGUCGACGGCCUUAGCGACGGCCUCUACAGCAACAACGGGUACUUCUACUUCGUCUACUUCUACAGCGUCUUCGACAGCGUCUUCGACAGGGUCAGCGACGUCCUUAACAGGUACAGGGACAGCCGCAGCUUCGACCUCAGCGUCGUCCGAUGCAAACAACGGACCAGCAAUCUCGGGCGGUGCCAUCGCAGGUAUCGUGAUAGCUGUGGUAGCGGGUCUGAGCAUCUUAGGCGCUGGAUUCUUUUAUCUCGGACGGCGAGCUCGACGCGGAAACACGAAUCUCCCUGGUAGUAGCCUGUCACAGCCGCCACCACCAUCAUCGUCACAACCGCAGAACAUGUACCCAUCUCCCAGCUCGAUACCACCCAGCUCAUCACAUGGCCGUUCCGGCGGCGCAGAAAUCAGCUUCGGAGCUGAAGCACAAUACCCGCAAGCUCACGGACCGACAAAGCAGAUGGAUUUAUCAGGGACGCAGAAAGCGUGGGUCGAGCUCCCUGGGGAGGAUAUGGCGGCGGAGUUGAGUGUUAGUCGGCAGGUAAAUGAGUUGGACGGACAUUCGAAGAUGAUGUAUCAGUGA